AUACACAUGAGUAGAGACACGGACAGACGAGGUGUGUGUGGACUGUACUGUGAGCCUGGAGUCUUGCACUGAACCAGACAGAGUUAUGUACUGUGCUCAUCCUGCCUCUGGCACAGGAAACAACUCCCUGAUGUAUUGCUACAACGUGAAACCAGUGUACGGGCAGUCUCCCACUAAUGACGACAUCAAUCAGAACUUAUCUUCACAUCCAUCCAACAAGAUGUCCACCAAUGUGUUCGCAAGCACCUUCUUUGAGGGGACGAGCAAUUCGCCCGACAUCUGGAAUGCUGUAAAUGGGCUGAACCAGCAGGGCUAUGAAGGUGCACUGGGAGCAGCCACAACCCACCAAACACAGCCGGGGAGCUACAGCAGCCUGCAGCCACCACACAGUCACCUGGACUACUCCUCACAUUCAGUGAUGGCUGCUGAUAUGAACAGGGGUCUUCCACCCAUGUCCACAUUUCACCGCAACAAUACAGCACCACGCACCCCGUCCAUCAACACCUCAGAGAAUUCAACAGUCUCAGGGAGCCAGGGAAACGUAUCAGGAGGGUCACAGACAGGAGCUACCUUGGGCAAAGCUCUGGCCUCUAUUUAUUCCCCUGAUCAUACCAGCAGCAGCUUCCCCUCCAGCUCAUCCACACCAGUGAGGACUCCAUCUCCACUGCCCAACACAGCUGAACCUGCAGGUUCUAACAUGUGGCCCCGGAGUUCAGUCCAGGCACCAGUGUCACCACAUUAUGAGUCUUCACUUAUAUCAAUGUCUCAGGUGGAAGACCGUCUGGACAGACUGGACGAUGUGAUCCACGUUCUGAGGAACCACGCCGUGGGCCCCACGUCCGGUCUGCCCGCCGACAUCCACGCCCUGCUGAACCAGAACCACCACAGCCACCAGGGCUCCACCAACGCUCUGCACUCCACCUGUCAUAAUCAAGCCAUGGUUGAAGCUGUCGUCAUGAACAACAACCACGCAGCCUUCCAGGGCCGCACACAAAAUGGCCACCCCUACCCUGCCAGGCAGAGGGCCGUUCUUCAGCCCAUGCAAGGUGGAGGAGGUGUGGGAGUUCAGGGUAAUCUGGAGCUGAAGAUAGAGAGCGGGGAGAGGGAGGAGAUGAUGCACACCAGCCACAGCUCCGACAGCCAGAGAUCAGACGAGGAGAGCGAACACAAAACACAGGGAGAAAACAGCAGCAGGGACAGUAUUCACGAGGAUGAGGACCUGAGCCCGGAGCAGAAGGUCGAACGUGAGCGCGAGAGGAGGAUGGCCAACAACGCCCGCGAACGUCUGCGCGUGCGGGACAUCAACGAGGCCUUCAAGGAGCUGGGGCACAUGUGUCAGCUGCACCUGAAGAGCGAGAAGCCGCAGACCAAACUGCUGGUGCUGCACCAGGCCGUGUCGGUGAUCCUGAGCCUGGAGCAACAGGUCAGAGAGAGGAACCUGAACCCGAAGGCGGCGUGUCUGCGGAGGAGAGAGGAAGAGAAGGCGUCCAUGACAGAUCCGCAGUCCAUGCAUCUCGCUUUUCACCCCAGUCUGACUGACCAAGCAAACCCCAUGGGCCAUCUCUGAGCAUCACGUCCAACAUCAAAUGUUGACUAAAGAUCAUCUCGGGAGCAUCCAGCGUUCCAGAGUGGAGAGGUCGACCUCUCUGAUUGUAAAGUGUGAUGCAGUCGAACAAUCAUCUCCUCACUUCCCCCAAAAGGACUUUUAACUUUGUGCCUAAACUUUAGACGUAACAGACAAAUGCAUUGUAAGCUGCAGAUGUUUUUUUGUACAUAUUUUGUAUAUUUAUUGAUUAUCCUCUACGUUUGAUUAUAUCUGAAUAGAUGAGACCUGGUAGCGACAUGUGACCUGCAGUCUUGACUUUUACAGUGCAUCACUAUUUACCACAGACACUCGAGAUUUCCACCGAGCUCAGAGGACCGACGAUACCACAGUGUGUUCAGGCGACGGAUUUCAUUUGUCCUGUGGUCUGUGUGUGUGCCAGCGUGAGAGUGUUUUUUGUGGGAGUUUGAACAUUCUGUGAAUGAACAGAUCUCCGAGAAUGUUCUUUAACGUGCAGGCGUCAUCUGUUACUUGUAUAUUUGUUAUGAAUUUGUGCUGUAGCACUGUUACAAGGAUACACUCGCUGAAACACUGGUGGACAAUCCUUCUUCUGAGUGUAAUCACUGCUCGUCACAUGUAGUCAAAGCUCUUUGCAUGUUUGAGUUUUUAAAUAGGACAUUUUGUUUUUUCUAAGUUAUGUAAGUUAUCUUUUAUACAGAUCUUGUGAAUUUGUUAAUGUCUCUAUUUGCUUUUUUUCAUUCUGAUUUUACAAAGAAACACUUUUGUGCAGUUUUUUUUAGAUGUAGCCACGUUUCAUGCUCUGAGCAAUACAGUGUUACAGAAUAACUGAUGUCUUGUUUGCUUAUCACACUGCCCAAACAGGUAAUGAAUAAUAAUCAAGAAUAAUCUGAAAUACUAUCAUAACAUGUACAGUGUGUACAGUUUGAAGUAGCCUACAGGCAUGUGUCAAAUGAUAAUGUAGCAAUAAAUGUCUUUUUU